GGGGGGUACUGAUUCUUCUCCAGCUGCUCUGUGGCAGCCCAGAGGUGUGACCAACCUACGGCUCAGUUUUGUCUAUUCGAGGCUGAGGCCAGCGCCGAACAAACAUGCAGCGACUCAGGGGCGUUUUGCUGUGUCUGCUGCUGGCUGCGGCUGUCCCCACCGCCCCGGCUCCUGCCCCGACGGCGACGGGGACUCCAGUGGAGCCGGGUCCGGCUCUCAGCUACCCGCAGGAGGAAGCUACGCUCAAUGAGAUGUUCCGAGAGGUGGAGGAGCUGAUGGAAGACACUCAGCACAAACUGCGCAGCGCGGUGGAGGAGAUGGAGGCAGAAGAAGCAGCUGUGAGAACAUCCUCUGAGGUGAACCUGUCAAGUUUACCUGCCAAUUAUCACAACGAGACCAACACAGACACCAGGGUCGGCAAUAACACCAUCCAUACGCACCGAGAAAUUCACAAGGUAACCAACAACCAGACAGGACAGAUGGACUUUUCUGAGACAGUCAUUACAUCGGUGGGGGAUGAAGAAGGCAAGAGGAGCCAUGAAUGCAUCAUCGACGAGGACUGUGGGCCCACCAGGUACUGCCAGUUCUCCAGCUUCAAGUACACCUGCCAGCCGUGCCGGGACCAGCAGAUGCUGUGCACCCGAGACAGCGAGUGCUGUGGAGACCAGCUGUGUGUCUGGGGUCACUGUACCAAAAAGGCCACCAAGGGUAGCAACGGGACCAUCUGUGACAACCAGAGGGAUUGCCAACCUGGCCUGUGCUGUGCCUUCCAAAGAGGCCUGCUGUUCCCCGUGUGCACAUUCCUGCCUGUGGAGGGGGAGCUCUGCCAUGACCCUGCCAGCCAGCUGCUGGACCUCAUCACCUGGGAACUGGAGCCCGAAGGCGCUUUGGACCGAUGCCCCUGUGCCACUGGACUCCUCUGCCAGCCUCAGAGCCACAGUCUGGUGUACGUGUGCAAGGCAGCCUUCAUCAGUAGCCACGACCAAAAUGAGGAGAGUCUGCUGCCCAGGGAGACCCCUGAUGAGUAUGAAGAUGGCGGCUUCAUAGGGGAGGUGCGCCAGGAGCUGGAAAACCUGGAGCAGAGCCUGGCCCAGGAGAUGGCAUUUGGGGAGCUUGCCCCUGCGGGGUCCCUGGGUGGGGAGGAGAUUUAGACUCAGACCCAGCUGAGCUGCUGGUAGAUGUGCAAUAGACAUGGCUAAUUUAUUUCCCCGGGAGUGUCCCCUAGGUGUGGGGCUGGCCAGGCAUUCUCCACAGCUCCUUCCCAGUAGCUUUUCCCCUGGCUUGACGAGGUGCAGCGCAAGUACAUUUGUUCCAGCUGCCCCGCUGCUCUGGGGCUGGGGAGAGACUGAUGGGGUGGGGGAGGGCAAUGUGAGCACCACACACCAUGGCCAGACGUUCUGUUUUGUUCAGAUUUGAUUGAAAGGAGAAGACAGAAAGGGGUAAAGUCUGCCCAUGGUCGGCCUGGGGGAGAUAUGGAGGAGGGUGCCUGCCCUGCAAACAAGGACCUGGCAAAAUGUAGCCAUUGCGUUUGUACUGUGUCCCUUCUGUGGGCCGAGGCUGCUCUUGUGGCCUCCCACACCUUCAUUCCUCCACCCUCUCUUUUUGCUCCUCCUACCUCACUGUCAGCCCUUCACAUCUGCUCAGUCCGCUCCACGCAGCUUGGGAGCAAACCAGAGUGGGUUUCUCGCCAAGCCCCUUGUUCUCUCACCCCCCCCCCCAGCCUUGGUGCCCCCAACUACUUCCAAAAGGAGGGGAGUGAAAUCCUUUUCUUCUUUUCUUUCUUUCUUCUUCUUCUUCUUCUUCUUCUUCU